GUGGAGAGGCAUCAUGGCUACGACUACAUGCACGCGUUUCACGGAUGAAUACCAGCUGUACGAGGAGCUGGGCAAGGGAGCCUUUUCAGUGGUGCGUCGCUGUGUCAAACUCUGCACGGGCCAAGAGUACGCCGCCAAAAUCAUCAACACCAAAAAGCUCUCGGCCAGAGAUCAUCAGAAACUGGAGAGAGAAGCCAGAAUCUGCAGACUGCUGAAGCACUCCAACAUCGUUCGUCUCCAUGAUAGUAUCUCAGAGGAAGGCUUCCACUACCUCCUCUUUGACCUGGUGACAGGAGGAGAGCUGUUUGAGGACAUCGUGGCAAGAGAGUACUACAGUGAAGCAGACGCCAGUCAUUGCAUCCAGCAGAUCCUGGAGGCCGUGCUCCACUGCCAUCAGAUGGGGGUGGUACACAGAGACCUCAAGCCAGAGAACCUGCUGCUGGCCAGCAAGUGUAAGAACGCAGCGGUGAAGCUGGCCGACUUCGGUCUGGCUAUCGAGGUCCAAGGAGACCAGCAGGCUUGGUUCGGCUUUGCAGGGACUCCCGGCUAUUUGUCCCCAGAGGUUUUGAGGAAGGAGGCGUACGGUAAACCAGUCGACAUCUGGGCAUGUGGUGUGAUCCUGUACAUCCUUUUGGUUGGAUACCCUCCGUUCUGGGACGAGGACCAGCACAAACUCUACCAGCAGAUCAAAGCCGGAGCGUACGAUUUUCCCUCUCCAGAGUGGGACACGGUGACUCCGGAGGCUAAAAACCUGAUCAACCAGAUGUUGACUAUCAAUCCUGCAAAGAGAAUCACAGCCCAGGAGGCUCUGAAGCACCCAUGGGUCUGCCAACGCUCCACGGUGGCCUCCAUGAUGCACAGACAGGAGACAGUCGAGUGCCUGAAGAAGUUUAACGCCAGGAGGAAACUCAAGGGCGCCAUUUUGACCACCAUGCUCGUCUCCAGGAACUUCUCUGUCGGUCGACAGACGACAGCGCCGGCCUCCGUCAGCUCUGUGGCUGGAACCACCGCCGGCAUCGUGGAGCAAGCAGCCAAGAGUCUCCUCAACAAGAAGGCUGAUGUGAAGCCGCAGACAAACAGCACGAGAAACAGCACAGUCACCAGUCCCAAAGGCCACACCUCUGCUGCACUGGAGCCUCAGACUACUGUCAUCCAUAAUCCAAUAGAUGGGACCAAGGAAUCAUCUGACAGCAGCACCACAAUUGAGGAUGAAGAUGUGAAAGCGCGCAAACAGGAGAUCAUAAAGAUCACAGAGCAGCUCAUUGAAGCUGUCAACAAUGGAGACUUUGAGGCGUACGCGAAGAUCUGCGACCCUGGUCUGACCUCGUUUGAGCCCGAGGGGCUUGGUAAUCUGGUGGAGGGAAUGGACUUCCACAGAUUUUACUUUGACAAUCUCCUCUCCAAGAACAGCAAACCCAUCCACACCACCAUCCUCAACCCCCACGUGCACAUGAUCGGGGAUGAGGCCGCUUGCAUCGCCUACAUCCGCCUGACGCAGUUCGUGGACGGGCAGGGCCAACCCCGCUCCAGCCAAUCAGAGGAGACCCGGGUGUGGCACCGCAGGGAGAGCCGGUGGCAGAACGUCCACUUCCACUGCUCGGGAGCUCCCGCUGCCCCGCUGCAGGGAUGAGGAGACUGAUAAGGAGGCAGAGAGGAGCAGAGGAGGAGUAAGAGGAUUAUCUGAGAGGGAGGUGCAGGUGGAUGAAGAUGGAGGAUGGCUUAAAAGGAGUCUGAUAUUUUGUGAUCGUGGUCGCCGACCUCGCCCUUCUUUUCUGUCAUCACGUCAACACUACAGCAGCCAAUCAACAACAACAACAAAAAGGAAACUCUUUCGCCUGCGUCUUCGACUUCAGUUUGUGGCUGCGAGUCGUUCAACACACCUGGACAACACCUGUCCUCCUCCUCUUCUUCUUCAUUUCUGUGCUGCUGAAGAUCCACCCUUUUACUUCUCCUCACACAUAACGUUAUCGUUACUUAACUUCUCGUGUUAUUAUUAUGGCUGCAGUCUAUUGUUGUGCUCUUUCGACUGUACAGUAUAUUUAUUAGUCAUUUUAAAACCUUUCAUUCUUGUAUCUUCUGUUUUUUUUUUUUAAUGACGAGCAUGACUCCUACCUGUGUACUUAAUACCAGUGGCUGUUUUUUCUGCACGACUUUGAAGGCUGCCUGUGUGAAAACCAACAAACAGGCCCACACGUGUCUCUUUGACAGAUAAAGAGACCAGUGGGUGUGUUUAAUUAUACGAUUUGUUUUAUUUCAAUGGAGCUUUUCUUUUCUUUCUCUGGAGUGUGUAGUUGACCCCUGACCCGACGCCUCCGUGUGUUGAUCGGAUCCCCUCUGAGCCGCGGUGAAAACCAAGCAGCAUGCCAACAUAUUACCGUCGUUCUGAAUUGAGUCUCUGUGUACUGAACAUUGCAAGCUAACUACUGAAAUUAUGACAAUUUAUGAGGCUGUUUAUGUACAUUUCAUCGUGGUGACUUGACAGUUAUGCUGUAGAUGGUAUUUAAUUGCAUGAUAUUGCAAGUUAAUAACAUUGGUAA